UUGGAACGAGAGUGAGAAAUCAACGAGAAUCAACAUGGCGAAUAAGGAAAAGAAAAUAUCUGAAGGUCUUGAACAUAUGGAACUAGCUGCUAAAUGUUUAAAAACAUCGUUCUUCAAAUGGAAACCCGAUUUAGAUGGAGCAGUUUCCGAAUAUGGAAAAGCAGCUGUGUGUUUCAAGAAUGGCAAAGCUUUAGAGAAGGCCAGGGAAGCAUACAUCAAGACUGCAGAUACACAGUGUCAAGCCAACUCACAUUUUCAUGCAGGAAAGUCAUAUGAGCAAGCAGCCAUGAUAUGUAGAGACAUGAAAGACCAUGACCAGGCUGCCCACUGGGCUGUGCAGGCCAGCAAUUUCUUCCUGGAAUAUGGAACACCUGAUACAGCAUGUUCAGCUUUGGAGAGAGCUGGAAAAAUGAUAGAACCAGUCCAACCAGAGAAAGCAAUAGAACUAUACAGGAGAGCCCAGGAUGUAGCUGAGAUGGAAGACAGGCCAAGGCAAGCAGCUGAAAUGGCAGGGAAAGUAGCAAGAAUAUACAUUCGAUUAAAGAAACAUGAGCAGGCAUAUACUGCAUUAGAGAAAGAGAUGACACUUUGGUCAGGAGUGGAGAAUUUCCCUAUGGUCAACAAACUAGUGGUAGCGGCUGUUCUUUUACAAUUACACCUUGGGGACUAUAUUGCAGCAGAUAAAAUGUACAAAUCUUCCAUGAGUGUACCUGGGUUUGGAUCCUCUGAAGAGGCAAUGUGUUUAGAGGAACUUCUUACAGCUUAUGAUGAAGGAGACCAGGAGAAAGCUACAGAAGUUCUACGGAGACCCAUCAUCAGAUAUAUGGAGAAUGAUUUCACAAAAUUAGCAAGAGAUUUGACAGUCCCUGGUGGACGUGUUGGCACCAACCCUAACCCCACAGAUGGUGCUGGUGAGACAGUGGGGGAUGAUGAAGAUGAUGAGUACAGUGGAGGACUCUGUUAACAUAACAUUCCAGGUUAAGUGGUUGCCAUGGAUAUAGUGAGGAUAUUAACAAUAUUUUCUUCUCUCAUUGACACAUAUGCAUCAAAAUAAUAUCAGACCACAAAUGCAAAUCUAUGAACUGGUCUGGUUUGUAAACUAGGAUUAGGAUAGCUCAAAUAUCAUCAUGUGACCAGUCACAUGACCCCAUGUUAAAGCAGAGAGACAGUGAUAUGAUUGAUGAUGUUGAAGUCUGUUGUAUUUACUAGUAUAUGUUUUAUUAGUUUACGCCUAGUUUGCAAAUACUAGAAACACCAAAAAAGUACCCUACUAGUAAUUGUUUGAGGUGGUCUUACUCGGAUGAGCCUUAAAUAGGAUGAAACUCACAUUGUGAUAGUCUACAGUGCCAAAUACUUGAGUCGGUCACAAUACCAUCUUGAUAUGUUGUAAGCCUCCCC